AUGUCGGAUUCUGUAGAUCGCGUCUUCGUCCAUGCUUUGAAUACUGUUAAGAGAAUUCCCCGGACGGGCACCGCGCGCCCACCGGCCGCGGAACGAUUAAAGCUAUAUGGAUUAUACAAGCAGAGCAUGGAGGGGGACGUUGAAGGAGUAAUGGAUCGACCGAUUGGGAAUACACCAGAGGUGCAUGCGGAGUGCGAGAAAUGGGACGCCUGGUAUGCUCAGCGCGGUCUCACGCGCACCGAAGCCAAACGCCGCUACAUCUCCACCUUAAUCGAUACAAUGCACGAAUACGCAUCACAAACACCCGAAGCGCGCGAACUUGUCGGGGAGCUCGAGUUCGUCUGGGAUCAGAUUAAAUAUAAUACUUCCUCGUCUUCGUCGUCGGGUCCGUUAAACGCCGUCGGCGUCCCUCCGUUAUCUCGACAUUCUGGCAGCGCAUAUGGGAGUAUAGGAGGACGAUUAGCGGGAUCGGUCGAGGACUACGAACGUCCAAAUAUGCGUGGCGAUGAUCGGAAUUCAAGACUCCGUGUUCUUAGUCCUGUCAGUCAACCCGAAGAAGAAGAAUAUUAUCACCAAUCACCGGGGAAUAUCGACCAGGACGACGAUUUGGAUGAUGACGAUGACGACGAUGAUGAUGAGGAAUACGAAGAGGCUCGCGAUAGUCUCUACGAAGACCAGGAACAUGAUCACGAAACCGCAGAUACAACGUCUGUCACGGACCAUAUCUCACUUGCCGACGAUCGCCGCCAUACUCAUACCCAUAGUCAUAAAUCCAUCUCCAGAGCAAGUAGCAACAACUCCCGUGCUCGCGCUUCGGAUCCACACAACUUACAAAAUAGCCCCUGGCGCCGCAGAGUCGAGCAGGCCUUGACCAAAAUGACGGCUGAGAUCGCCGCUGUGCGCGAGCAGAUGGAGGCUCGGACAUUAGCGACUCGUCGCCGAAAUGGUGUCCUUGCGUGGCUAAGAUGGAUUCUGUGGACUGUCUUACGUCAGGUUCUUUGGGAUUUAGCUAUGCUUGGUGCAUUGCUGAUCUUUAUGCGGCUUAAAGGAGAUCGUCGGGUUGAGAAUCGGUUGCGAUCCGGCUGGUCUGAUUUGAAGGCUAAGUUAAGUCAGAUUAAGCUGCUUAGGCGCGCGGGUGAUAUGCCUGUUUUGCCUUGA